AUGGACCUGACCUUGUGGCAGUACCAGUUCAGGAUCAUCAUGCUGGGAGACUCCACAGUGGGAAAAUCCUCUCUCCUAAAGCGCUUCACUGAAAACUUGUUCCUGGAGUCCAUCAACCAGACAGUGGGUGUAGACUUCUACGUUCACUUCCUGGAGGUAGAGCCGGGCGUGCGUGUGAAGCUGCAGUUUUGGGACACAGCAGGACAGGAGAGGUUCAGGUCAGGAUAAAACCACUUUCUGAUAUGAACACUGAGGUAUCCUUGUCUUCUACACUGGUGCCAGUCAUUGCUUAACACCUCCCUGAAUGCAAAUCCGUACGCGCCUAGCCUCGCCAAUGCUAUUUCAUGCUUAUUUAAGACAGAAGUACAAAUACAAGCCAAGCUCUUGUGAUGAAAAUAAAGGGAUGACUUACAUACAAGCAUCAACAUACUAAACAAAUAGACUACCUCUGGUUAUUUUAUUCACACUGUGCUGUUCAGCAGUGUUUACUUAAGCAAAGAUUGUCAGUCCACCCUCACAAGACAAGUGUGUAAAGAGAUGCAGAAAGUGGAAAAGACAGAUCUUUGGGAAAGGCACUAUUCUUUCUGCUCAGCAACUUCCAUGAAAACAACUCUGCGUAACUCACUUCACUCUGACUCUAAAUUCAUUAUUUCCGUUCUCCAGUUGAAUGAAGCGUAACAAAUUGCAAACUGUGCCUGUUUGUGUGUACCGCCUCUCUCCACCAUAUCUGUAGCCAGCUAAUCCCACAUGAGUCAGCGAAAAAAGCCCAGCCAAAUCAGGUUCAUUUUCAUGCAGAAGUGUUCGAAUGGAGAAGUAACUUUUCAACCAGCCGGCUGCAAGGGAAGGGCAUAUAAGUGAGUCUUUGCUUUGGUUAAAACAUUCAGUGACUCAUGGAGAAACUACGUGACUCUUGACAGCUUCAUGAUUAGGGUGAGAGAAAUGCGUGUUUGUUAUCAAGUUUCUUAAAAUAAAACAGACUCCUUGUCAAUCUGCUUAUCUGAAAAAGAUCACCUCAAACAGAGUUUAAAAUCAGCUGAUUAUUUACUCACUAGAACAGGAAGGACUAAGAAGAAAAGUCUGAACUCUGCACAACCUUUUGAAGGUUUUUUUUUUGGUGCAUUGAAACUCAAACUUUCUCCGUCCGUCUUCAUUAUGUUUCUUCUCUUCCUGCAGGUCAGUGACCCGUUCCUAUUACCGCAACUCAGUCGGAGGCCUGCUGGUGUUCGACAUGACCAACCGAGCCUCCUUCGACCAUAUUAAAGAGUGGUAUGCUGAGGUGUGCGAGCGAGUGCAGCCCUACAGGGUUGUGUUCAUCCUGGUGGGCCAAAAGAGUGACAUGGACACUGAAGGGGGGAGGGUGGUGAGUCGGGAAGAGGCUGAGAAACUGGCCGGACAGCUGGGGGUGCCCUACGCUGAGGUGUCCGCCAAAACAGGCCAGAAUGUGAAGGAGGCCUUCGAGCUGCUCACCCGGCGGGUCUACCAGGCUCUGAUGAGCGGAGAGGUGGAACUGCAGGAGGGCUGGGAUGGAGUUAAAUGUGCUGCACGACACUCUCUGCAGGCACAAAGGGCCAGCCUGGCACAGUCGGCCCCAGGGAACAACAAGAAGUGCUGUGAAAAACUCUGA